CUAACCCGCCAGUGGAUGACGAAACAAAGCAGUCACCAAAAAUAAUGGGGGGUCACAAGUGUCCUUCACUGCCCGGCCAGGGACAAGUCGAAGUCACUCUACAUCCAUUAAUACAAUCUAAUGAGGAGAGAUCAUUGAUCGAAGCAGAAUUUGUCUUACCUAUGCUACUCUUCUGGCUAGAAUCACCCACCUGAAGCGACAAUAUGGAGACACUUCUAGAACAUACAGACGACCUAGACAUAUGCAUGGUACAACUCCAGGAAGCUGCAAAGGAAGAGUUAUGACCGAACGAAGGUGGUAGAAGAACUUACGGAGACUGUUUUGACAAAUCUCCAUGAGUUGAAAAAAAAUAUAAGAAAGAAAUGAAGUAGGACUUUAAUACUUACAAGAGAAAAUCUCUCAAAUAACGCAACUAGUGGCGGGAAAGAAAACCAAAGGGGAUAAGGAGACCACUUCUCCCUCACAAGAAAAAGCCAGAGAAACCGUUAACGUCGAUCCACCAAGGAUAGAAGCUCUAAUAAUUGGAGACGAAUCUCGACCGCGGAACAAGAUUUUGUCCGCGUCUUAUCCUUCAAGGUUGAGGAAAAAAAUUCUUAUCCAUCCAAUGAAUUUGCGGAGUUCCUAACUCUUUUGAAACAAAUUCGGAUCGAUAUCCCGUUCUUGGAUGUUGUGACUCAGAUUCCUAAAUAUGCAAGGCACUUGAAGAAUUUUUUGACCUAGAAGGAGAAACUAUGGGAGAUUUCGACUGUUGGACUCAACAAAAUGUGCUCAGUGGCACUUCAGAACAAGCUUCAAAGAAGAAGAACUAUUCAUGAGGUUUUACUAUACCUUGCAUGAUUGGUGAUGUUUUAUUUAAGCAUUCUGGAGGACUUAUGGUAUGAGAAAUUUAGUUAUGGUAUAUCUAUUGGAUUUGCAACUUGAAGCUCAUUUCUUAAGAAUCUUUAUGAUUUCCGCUUAUGCAAGUUUCAAGAAAUUCUUAUUUGAAUUUCAAAGAAUUCAAAGAAUUUAAUAAAAACAAUUAAGAAAAGUUUUCCACUUUUUCCGUUGAUUAUGGUUAACGGCUUACUACGGGUAUUUUUGUAAAAAUAGUGUUCGAUCGAACUAUGAUGUUACAAAGAUUUUGAUUGGACUGAAUUAACGAAUUUUUAAAUAGAGAUGAAGGAAUGAUCAUUUUGUUAUUCGUUAAAAUGUAUAAAACUUUAAACGUAUCAUUUCCAGCCAUUUAACUCCCCUUCCAUGUAUGCUCUGAAGUUAUCCCUAAUGUUGUAGUCCCAUUCAGAGAAUGGAAACGCACAACAACGUCGCUGAAACCAGCCACACACCAUCCGAUCUUUCCUGAUGCGUGACUGCAUUCCCUUCUCCCCUCUGCCCUUCUCCAUCUCCAAAGUUCGAAACUUUGGGUUAAAUGCGUCUUCUUCUGGGCGAGCGUCUCCACUUUUCCCCCCUUCCAAUGCCCAGUUCAACUCAAUACUCACAAGGGCCAGAACGCGCCGUAGGGUAUGGGAUUCCCAAGACGGCGACUUCUAUGACGAAUUAGGGUUUAAGCAGAAGGGGAAGCAAGGAUUGGAGUUUCAGUCCAUACGUGACCAAUAUUCGACGAGACAAGGCUAUGAAGCAAAUUUGGAGUUAGUUGAACUCAAGGGCGAGGGAGGAAGGAGCCAGCAGAAUUGGGAAGAAGGCGAAGAAAUUAUUGGAGCUGGGGAUGAUGGAAUUGGAAGCGAGACUGAGAGGCGGAUGAUUGGUGGAAGAGUGAAAUUGGGACGACGAUGGCAAGUGUUAAAGAGAUCGAGUGUGCUGGCCAAGCAAGUGAUCAGCAUCACUACUGCUCUUAGCUUAGGGUUCAUAUCCCAGCUCUGGGUGGACACUACCAACUGGGUGGUCGUGGUUGUGGAAGUCCGACCAAAUUUGCUCUCUGGAGAAUCAGAAAUGUUUCUUCUCCAAGACAUUUGCCAGGUUGGUGAUGUUGUGCUGGUGGAGGACGGAAAUAUAUUGGAGAAUGAGUUCAGUAUACUUGGCCUUGAAACCUUGGUCGGAUAUCAAGUUGUGACACCUAGUCAGCGAAACAUCGGGAAGGUACGGGGAUUCUCUUUCAACAUCAAUUCUGGCACCGUGGAGUCACUCGAGCUCGAUUCAUUUGGGAUCUCCAUCAUUCCGUCUAGUUUGGUGAGUACAUAUACUUUGCUUGCCGAGGAUGUAGUUGAAGUAUUCCCCGACACAAUUAUUGUCGACGAAGCUGCAGCAUCUCGAAUUCAAAGGCUAACAAAGGGAUUGUGGGACGCUCGGCCUGUGGAUGAUUAUGCAGAGGAAGUGGGAGAAUUUCCGGAUGAUGAAAAUGGUUUGAAAAUCCCUGCUGGCAGUGGGAGGAGGGCAAGGUCAAGGAGAAGAUCAAAGAGCAAGAGAUUCCAGCAGGAGAUGAGAGAGGACGACUGGGAGCUGCCAAUGGACUAUCUAUGACUAUGAACAUUGUUUGGCUUUGUAUCAGGUUUAGAAUCUUGUAAGCAUUGUUUGUUGCUGCAGAUAUACGCCUGAGGAACCCUAGCUAAUUUGCACAUAAGAUCAAAAUUCAGUUGCAAUCAAGAGAAUUAGCGGGAAAGAAAAGAAGGCCCAAAAGAACACUACUUGAUGCUAUCGCCAUGGUUCCGACGGCUAGGUCAACCUUCUGUACUAUUUUCUUGAGCAAAUAAAUAAAUAAACUUUGUUUUG